AUGUUGGACCAGCUGAAAGUUAUACCAACAAGGCUCCCCUAUGCUCUUAAACGCCUUAACCUAUGUUGCAUUACUCUGGGAGAAUUCUUUGAUCUUUCCUUUGCUCUUUGCUUGAUAAGAAGCUCCCCAAAUUUAAAAGAAUUUGAAACUGAGGUGUAUGGUUAUCUUGAUGGGGAUUAUGAUGAACCUGUGCCCCAGGAUGCUGUUGAUGAUAUUCCUGCAAGUUUCUUGGAUAUGACACUUAAUAACCUGAGGACAGUAAAGAUUUACGGUGUAACAGGAGCAGCGGCUGAAAUGCAGCUUAUCAAGGUUUUAUUGGCCAAGUCUCCAACACUGGCCAGAAUGGUAAUCAGGCCCUGUGUAAUGGAAGAUAAAGAAUCUUUCAAAGUACUCGCUGAGAUAACAAAAUUUCCGCGCGCAUCUUCUAAAGCAGAAGUUGUGUAUAGUGUAGAUUAGAAUCCA